UUCAUUCUUACCACGAAAUGAUCGGAAGUGUGAAAAACCGUGUUUGCAUAAAUAAACACCGGCGAUAAAUAUCGCAUCAAGUACACAAAAACUUCAGUCGUCGAUAAGUUCUUGCAGAGUUGAACUGAGUAAAAUUUAGCACAGUGCAAAAUGGUUUAUUUACACUUAGAGGAUGGUCCCAAUUUCCAAUGGCCGUCACACCCGGUACAACAAACUGAUCUUCCACAACAAGAAGUGACUGACAGCAUUUCCCAUGUUGAUCCGGUGGUUCCACAAACAGUGACAGAGAGUGCGGUGGAUCAAGUUGUCAAUACCAUCAAAGGCAUAAUCAACACAAUUAUGGACAAUCAAACUGAUUCAACGAUGUUAACCACCACCAGCACAACCACCGCACCAAACUUGCAAGAAACUCUUGGUAGUAACAACACGAUGAUGGAUACUGAUCAAACCGGCAUCAAAGAAAUAUUUAACAGUAACAACACAGCAAUGGAUUUCAAUAACACAAUUAUCACUGAUAUGAUGGACAACAAUACAAUGAUUACUGACUUGGGUGAAGCUAAUGCCACUGUUGCCACCAUGGGAGAUUCCGAAAGUGCGACGACUUUUAUCAGCGACACGAUGAAUACAGUUGUGGAUACUAUAGUUACAACCACCGAAAAGGUUUUAAACACUGUAUCCGAUGUAAUAACGCCAACGACGACGAUGGAGACGGAUACCGAUCAUUAUAAGUAUUCUGAAGAUAAUACCGAAGAGAAAACGUUAUACAUUGUAUUAGGUGUGAUUCUGGGUGCUUUGAUUUUACUUAUUAUUAUUCUCUUGGUUAUUUACAAGAGAUAUAAAGUUCGAAGUGGUACAAGAUCAGGAGCGUAUUGUGUUUCUGAUUUGAAUCAAGUCAGUGUUUCAAGCUGUAAUCACAGGGAUUCACAAAUGGAACAGCGCAUUUCAAACUUUAAAUAGCCAUACACAUACCUUUGUACUAACUGUGAAAUAUUUCAACUAUGUGAUACAUUAGCUAUUAUAUAAUAAUAUCGUUAUUUAUUCUUAUCUGCCUAUGUUAAAUCCAAAGAAUAUUUGUUAUUUAUUGGUAAUUAUAUUUAUUUAGUUAUUGCAAUCAAAAGACAGUCGAAUUUUGCAUGUACUUUAUUUUCUGGUUUUCUUUUUUUUCUUCUGUUUUGAAAAUCUAAAUAAAACUGUGAGAUAAAGUAAA